AGAGGAAGUAAGUAAUUCAGUUGAUGAUAACAAUGGCAGUUUCACAAUUUGUGUAACAUUUUCUUUAAACAACAUCCAUUCAUGUGAAACAAAGCUCGUAUAGUUAAAAAAGUUCAAACAGAUGAUGGGUAAGGAUUAUAACACCAACAUCCUAGAUGAAUUAGCAUUAGAGGGAGAAAAAGCACCAGUGAUCAGGAAUGCGGACGAUGAUGACGAACCGUUUAAAAAGUUGCUGUCCGAGUUAAAUAAUGACAUCGGUGAAAUCUCUGAAUCAAGCAAAAGAAAUGCGGGUAGAAGUUCCGGUGUCCAACCAAAAGGACCCGUAUUAACCACACGAAGUACAACCAUAACCAACUCCAGUAUAAACCCAAUUUCAACUCAAAGACCAAUUCCAGUUAGUACUGGAGCAAAACCGAACCUUCAGACACCCACACCGCUGCCCAAUGUAAACAAGAAUAAAACACAGGAGAAAAUUGUAGAAGCAAAACAACAGAAACCUUCUGGAAAUAAUCGUCACAUGAACAAGGUGAAAAUGGCGGAUAAAGCGAAUGGUACAGUUCUAAAAAACAUCCAAAAAACCGCGAGAAAAAUGAAUCGCCCAAAACAAGUGCAGAAAACGAAGAAACAACAGAAAGGAAUUUUUUCUCAGUUGAGUUGUAGCAAAAUAAAAACAUCUCCUACCUGUGUGCAGAUUUAUCAUGAGUGUAUCAACGAAAGAAAAAUAGAAGUAGAUCGGUGCAAUCGGUUGAAUUCAACUCGCAAGAAAAAAGUCCAAAGACGAAAGAAAUUGCUCACCAAAACAAAAACAUCGAAAGGGAAAAUGAAGCUGCCACAGAAACCGCCGUUGAGAACUCCCAACCAGAAUCCUUCAAGAACUGUCGCUAAUACACAUCCAAAAAAAUCUGGAAAUCAAAAUAAACUCCCUACCAACCAGACGGGGAAAAAUGCCAAUAACAACUCCUCCCCGACUAAGUCCGCCAAUUCAAAAACGCAAGAAAAUCAAAUUUCGAAAGGAAAUGGAAGAAAACCCAUUGAUAAACAGUCAGAGAAGAAGAUGAUUGUGGGAGAAAUUCGUGGAUUACUGGCAUACCUGAAGCAAAUGAAGGACCAUUUGUCUCGUCCUAUCAAUAACAACAACGCAGUUAAAGGUGAAAAUAAAAACGGAAAUUAAAAUGAGCCAAGAAUUGAAAGAAAGAGAGAUCGAAACCAUGAAACUUUGUCUUUUAAGGUGAAAAAUAAGAGUUAUUAUAUAACUACCCUGGCAAGUUUUUAACGACAUUCCAUAUGUAGAGGGAAACAUCUGUAUGUAGCUUAAUUUGAUUAAAAAACGAAGAAAGUAUAGAUUUGCACAAUAUUUUAAUAAGUAAUUUGCUGGUAUUGC